AUGUUUAGACCGAGUCGUAUAUACCUGAUACUCGUGAUUCAAGUUUUCACUGUUCUUCAACAAUGUCCGCGUACUCCGUGCCUUACGAUUGACAAUCGUUUAACUCCUACCGGAAAUGGUAAUUUGUGCAAUGCAAAACAUUGUUAUACGAGGAUAUCUAUUGGCUCUAAACUACCCGAUAUGGAUAUAGUGUUACGAACUAAUGCCAUAAGUUUGACAGAAUGUGAGGAAUAUUGUUUGAAAAGCAAGCACGGUUGCAAUGCAUUUUCAUUUGGCGUCGGUGCAAAGGGUAAUAGCACCUGUCUAAUUAGCCGACAGAUACCAGCAUUAGAAGAUUUAGAAACUCAUGCAGAAUACGACGUUUACGCGAGAAAACGAAGAGAUUCGAUAUGGUGUGAUUUCGAUCGUUUCUAUAAGAGUUUUAUACACGAAAGCGAAAAUCGUUCGGCGAAAGCAGACAAACUUAUUGGUAAAGGGUCUGUUGCAAAUAACAAUAAUCCUUUCUCGAAAUUAGUACCAGAAUCGAUGUCGGUAUUUACACCACACGAUACACUGUCAUUUUCGAGAAACAAAAAUGACAUGGUGAAUUAUGGACGCGUCGGUAGCUAUGAUUUAUUUAUCAAUCAUGAUCGACGAUUUCUCUCUGAUGGCAACAACCGUGGUAUCUUGGACGUUGUUGGAAACAAAAAUGGGAAAACGUCGUACAACCCUUUCGUUAUAAUUUGUCAUCGAAAGCUGCUACCUGGCAAGAAAAUGACGGGAUUGUUCAUUGAGCGGGUCGUCAAUUGUGAAAAUCUACAAGAUUGUUGUCGAGCAUGUGAUUACGAAAAGGCCUUUGCGUGUAAAGGUUUUAAUCACAGGCGAAGAACCGAUGAUUCGAAAUGCACGUGCGAAUUAACGUCAACGCCGCAUUUCCGAAUGGAUGUCGACGAAGAUUUCUCGAGCGAUUCUUAUUACGAUUAUUACGAGAAGAUUGAAAAUUGCCCUACGCCGGCGUGGCGUGAUAACAGCGUACCACGUUGGAAAAGUAAUAUCAAAAAUCCGAGAGGACAUAGUCAAAACACGUGGCUGGAUCGUGACAGCGUGAAUAAAGAUUUCCUAGACACAGAUCAUUCGAUUUAUAAAGAUAAUUAUCCACUAAGUCGUGACCCAACUUAUGAUUUUUCUAAUGGCCUCGCACAAACUGGCAAACUAUCUCAUUACGACGAUUCUCAUGGUUUUGUGCCUCGUUACCACGAUAUAAAUUGGAAUCGUAAUUGGAAAGGCUCAGAUACUCGUUAUCCCGAUAUCGUUAAUGACAAUGUCUUCCCCAACUCUCGCAUUCAUUACAAUAAAGAACAUUUCGAUGUAAAGCCGUCAAGUUUCUCCAAUUCACGAUUGGAAGAUCAUCAUUCUCUGACACACGAAUAUCCCAUUCCUAACGAGAACGAGCAAUUUUAUGGAAGAUUCUACAAUUAUGGCGGUGCGUUCGGCUAUAAUGAUAAUUACGUGUCCAUUCCAAAACAACAAUAUUACGAAAAACACGAGACGUCACAAAUGACAAGAAAAUGUUCAGUGAAAGCCGCCUCAGGUUCAAAAUUAAGCAGAAGCAUCUUACGAAAGACCUGUGUGGCACAUGACUUUGAACAAUGCGAAGAGUUUUGUACCAAUGAAACGAGUUUCUCUUGCGAAAGCUUUGCUUACAGAUCCAGCGUGCUAACCACGAAUCCUACCGAUAAUUGUUUACUAAGCGAUCGUUCCUAUCAGGAUUUAAAUUUCUACACUGAUCUCGAACCAAAUCGCGAUUAUGACACCUACGUACUAACACCAGAUACUCAGAACUGUUACUUGAAGAAAUCAGCAAAUCGAUAUCCGUCGGAAGAAUGUUUCUCGAGGAUCAGAAGUGGAUUUACCAUGCCGAUGGAUAUCACGAGGAGAUCGACAUUUGUCAAUGAUUUUGGAGAGUGUCAACUUGCAUGCACCACGUCACAUGAGUUCAUCUGCAGAAGUUUCGUUUUCAAAUAUGCGAUGGAUCAUCAAAAAGGAUACAGUCACGAGCCUAAUGUGUCGCCUAACUGUUUCUUGAGCGAUUGGCCGGCAGAAGAGAUAAAUCCUAUCGACAUGCCAGAUAUGGAUGGUGCUGAAUUGUACGAAAGGAAUACGUUAUCUCACGGCUGUGAAAUGUAUCCUCCGUCCCUAUCGAAUCCAAAUGUGAUUGCCCCGUACGAGAAAGAACCUUCUCUGUCGCACAUGGACGAACUUUGCUACUCUGAAUAUCACAGACCAUGCAGAUUAAUGUCACACGCGAUAGUUUCAUUGAUGCGAGCUAUCACAAAGCAAGACUGCCGACGUAAAUGUUCGACGAUGAGAAACACCGGUGUGAUACCUUGUAUGUCGUUUAAUUACAUCACUCCUAUCGAUGAUACACGGAAUAAUUGUUUUUUAAGUGAAAUAUCAAUACGAGAUCUAAGACCAAAUCUGGACUACGUUCAUGAUAACGAUCACGCGUUAUAUGCAUGGAAAGAUUUUGAUCCCUACUGUGGUUUAAUUGCUAAUUCUUUCAAUACGACAAAUGCACCAACGUUUGAAAAUCAUGAUCAACCACGUCCUCCUACGUUUGGUUAUGCAAACGCUCAAAGAACACCCGAGAGCGAAACACAUCCUCAUGAGCCAACUUUCUAUCCUUCCACUCGAUGGAGAAAUAAAUUUCGAUCCGAUGAUCAUGAACACGAUUACAAACAACAUAAGUUUAUUAAUGAAGAUAGCAGACCUCCUUUUGAGCCAGCAGCAAAUCAGUAUCCUCCAUCUCGACGUUAUACGGUAAACGGUUAUCCUUGCAAAAAUGGCACCGUCUGUCAACGAAAUGAAAUCAAUGGAUUCUGGUCUUGUGAAAUAGAAAACGAAUACGGUAGCUGGGAUUAUUGCUGCGAGCCUAGCCAUCAGUGUUACGUGGGUCCUAGCGAAGAUCAGUGGAGGCCUUGUAGCGAAACAUAUUAUCCGUAUCAUUUAGCAACAGAUCAUUCAACAUAUCGCCAAUCCUCAUUAUACACAGCUCGUCAUUGGCCAGUAAUUUACUUUCACGAAACGUCACCGCCAAAUUGUUCUACCAAUAAUCCUGACGCUAAGGAUUCAUGGAAACUACAAAAAAUGCCCAAAACUCGGCUCAUUACACGUUCAGUAACGAACAGCCGUCCACCUCAUAUGACUUUAAAUCUAGAGUGUUCAGAAGAGCCUCUCAGCAAAGCACAGUUAGUGUUACGAUUGGAACUCAAAGAAAAUUAUGACAGAAAUCAAAAUAAGAAUAAAUCUAUUAAAUUGAAUGUAGUAAAUAAUGCAAAUGGAUCCCAGGGUAACAUACAACUGGUUGUGGAUUCUCGAAUGGGAGUUAUUCUUGGACCUGUUGCUCAACCUCAAGGCUCUGCUAUGACAAAUGUUUCAUCAAAUUCAGUCUCUACUUCAGCUACACCAGGUUCGACAUCUAUAUCUACAGUUUCACCUAUAUCUACAGCUACACACUCUCAAACGGAAAAUCUACGACCAGUCCACAAGGUGUUACCAAUCUCAGAAUAAAAACAGUAAGUAAACAACAGAUUACAUCAACGGUGUCGUCAACAUCGGCAACCAUAAAUACGACUACAGGAACGAUACCGCCAACGGUAACGGUGACGGCAACGGCAACAAGACUGGCUAUUACAAAACCAACUGAGCAUACAAGUAUUGGUGGAAUAUCGAUUGGAAGUAAAAAUUCAGCUUGCGACCAAAUUGACGAAUCGAAGAAGAAUCUUCCAGAUGGAAGGGAAGUAACUUUUAACAAAAUAAACGGAGGCAGAACAUAUCCUUCGUUGGUCGUCGUACCUAGACCAAAUCUUCGUACAAAGGAUAUCGCGCCACAAAUAGCUCAAAAAGAAAGAUCGGAGUUAGAUAUGAAAGUCAAGAGCGUACUCAUGUUCUCGGCUACAAAGUUUGCUGAAUGGUUGAUACAGCAGGGGUUGGUAAAGUCUGAACAGUAUUGCAUGCAACAUAGUAAUAAUUAUCAAAGGACUAAGUUGAAAUUAGGAAUGUAUAGUGAUCAAGGUACAUUUCCAUAUUCGGGAGGAUACGUUUGGAUUUCAAGUUGUUGUCCAGAUCGUUUUGUUUCCGUGUUUUCCGGUUCAAUUUUCCAGGGUGCUGCUUACACACCUACCGUUCUUUUAAAAUUAAUUUAUCAUUGGGCAUGCCAAACAAACAUUCAAAAUGUUAUCUCUUGGGUGAAAGUAUCUAAUUUAUAUGUAAAAAAUUUUUAUACGCAUUUACGUAGUGUUUGUACUGCCGCAAUUUGGGAUAAAACUCGUAAAAUGGGAGGUAAAAACUUCGUGAUACAAAUUGGUGUAAUUAGUUUGGGUACAACGUCGCAGGACGGAAACUUACGACAAGUCAAAGUCGAAGUGCUUGGUGUAUUAGAUUAUACUACACUUGAUUUAAGAUUAAGAGCAUGCGAUCCAGUGCAGGAUGGUGAUAGGGCAUAUAAGCGACGAUUCAAUAAUAUUUUACAACCACUGAAAGAAUGGGUGCACACCGAUUCGAAAAUCAUGACUGACUUUUCCGUUGAUAAAAGUACACUUGAAGAAAUGGGUUUUAAUAAUGUAAUACAAUCAGCAUUUUCUGAACAAAGUCCUCGAAAUUUCAUGAGCAACUAUCACAUUAUGGAAUAUUUAAGGAAAAUUGUCCCAAGAAUGUUUCAAAAUACUCUUAGUUUACUUAGUAAACAAAUGAUACAACAAUUUUUGGACGAAUUAGUAUGGAGAGAAAUGUACGGAGCGACUGCCGCUCGAGCAUUUGAUAACAUUAUCGGACAUAUCGCAGAACAAACUAGAAUCGAAUCAAACGAAAGUCUCUUGGAUCGUUUGGCUAAGAUAGGUGCUAAUCCUUUUCAUAAUUGGUCUUACUCAAAUGCGAAUUCGUCACCGCUCAUGACACUGAAUAAAGAAGAAAUCUUUUCGGACUGCAAAGUUCUGAUUCCAGGUAGUAGCAACAUAAAACAGCAACAAGAAACGUUGCCAUCCGUUCAAAUAACGAAACCUGGCCCAAGAAGAGGACGAAAGAGAAAUCCAACAACAACGAUUAGCCCAGAACCCGAAUUGAAAAAAGCUAACUAUGAAUCAAAGAGUAUCAGAGAGAAAGAUAAGGAAAGUAAAAACGAUCAGAUACAAUUACAAGAAUUUUAUUAUGCUACUAUGGAAGGCGAUAAAACUCUUCUUAUAAAGGAGCAUAAAAGUUCUUUAUAUUUUAAAUGCUUUCUCUGUGCAACAAUAUUGCGUUCAAAUACAGAUGUAAUGGAACACACUAUUGGUCAUGUACCACCACAAGUACCCGGACAGUCACAUUCUCCAGUGUGCCGAUACUGUUGUACUGCAUUUUCAUCUCAACAUCAAAUGGUUACACACGUCACAGAAUCACACAGCAAUUUCGGCCACUCUGACAGUGAUAUGGUUGUCUGCGCCAUUUGUGAACAAAAAUUCGGUAACAGUGGUCUUCUAAUUAAUCACUUGUCAUCAGUGCACUGUCCUUCGGAGAUGCCUUACCGAUGCGAAACUUGCGGUUAUCGUACUUCCAGUCAUAAAGACGCUAUUGAUCAUUAUUAUCGUGCUCACGAAAAAGGUGAGGGAUUACAGUGUCCUUACUGUUUGAAAAUAAUAAAUUUCGCAAGAGAAAGUAAUCCCAACGUUACCAGCGUUCAUGCAUAUUUGUUACAUAUGCAAAGACAUGUUGUGAGAAGGGAACAAGGACGAGGAAAUAAAUGUUCCAGAUGUUGUCUUUGGUUCAAUCAGAAAAGUUCAUUGAAAAUUCAUCAAAGGGAACUGCAUGAUUCUGUAUCCGAUUCAAAGGUUAUUCCUUAUUCAACUGGUAGUAAUGGAAUAAUGAUUCCAAAACAACGGUUUCAAACUAGGCGGUUUGAAAUUGAUAGUCCAGUUACAGAAUUGCCACGCGAUGAGAGAGUUAAAAAAUGGGUUACUGGUCCAAUUACAGUGAAUGUUUCAAUUGAACAUCUAUCCUGUAAAGAAUGCGAAGAAGAUAUAGAUGAAGAAAAUCAUUAUCCAGGUGAACAAAUAUGCCAACAAUGUCGCUAUAUAACUUGUUGUUGGCGUGCGUUUAAAGAACAUCAACAACAAAUUCAUAAUGAACGACCUAUGACCAGUUUGGUAGUUCCUUCUCCUCUCAUUAAUAUUCCAUUAGAUAAAAAGAUGCAAUGUUCAUGUGGUUAUGCGACAACCGACGGAAAUCAAUUAGCUGCACAUUUGAUUAAAUGUAAAAAAGUAUCUGUCUAUCCAAUUGAAGAUACAGCACCGUCCGGAAUGUUAAACAGUUUGGGUCUUGUACCAAAAAAUAGCUCAGAUGAAGUUGACAUCGAUGUCAAAAGGACUAAUUUACGUUGA